GUGAACAUGAACUUUUUAUGAUUUCCCAAGUGGUUAUAAUGCAGCAUUCUUUUGGUCAGAGCGCAGUCAGUAACACCUCUGUCUUUGUGUUUACGUUUUUUUCGUUGUUACUAUUAGGAUAUAUAUCAGAAAUUGCAGUUUAUUUGAUCGAAUUGUGUUUUAAGAUGGCUGGAGCUCACCAAGACAGGGUUAGGAGCAGCUCGAUUCCUUCAGAGAAGUCAGGGAACAGUGAAUGGAUCAGAACUCACAAAGCGAAUAUAUGUUUGGUCUUUCGUUUAUUUGGUGUAUUUGGCUACCCAACUGGUUCUGCUCGAUUACACAUGGAUUUGAAGAAACGAAAAAAGACCCUGAUUAAUCUGGAAAGCACUGCUGCGGGCCGAUGAUGAACGACAAAGGAAACAGCAAAUGUGUGCCUGGAAAACAGGUGGGAAAGAGUACUACACGGCGUACAAAUUUUUGACAUCAUCUUUCCGAAAAAGGGGGAAAAGCGAAAAAUGUUCACUGCAGGUGCUAUAUCAUCUGGCCGAGGCACUCCUCAAGGCUUCCUUCGGAGGAGUUGGCUGGUCUCCCACCAAGAGAGGCCUUUGUAUCGAAUCUGUCACGUGACGCAGGUUUUUGCCAGAAGCUCUACACAAUGCAGAACAAGACGGACAACAUCAACACCUCAUUAUUGGGCAGUGACUCGUUUAAGGUUGACGACACAUUUGGAUACAGUGAUAGGACACAAGUUUCACUCUCUGUGGCACUGCGGGAAAAAGACCAAGAGAUAAAUACUUGCUCACUGCCGAAGGCUGCCAUGGAUGACACUCGGCACUGCACUCCAAGUGAACUAUAUCGAAACUACACAGAAUCACCCCUCUUAUCCCCUGCAGAACCUCACAGCUCCUCAGUCGGGGACCUUACUGUUGACGGCAAGCUGGUCUUCCCCUGGAUGACAGAGACUGUGAAAAAAAACAAGCAGAAAAGUCACAGCAUCUGCGAAGCAUCCAUCGGUGCAGAGAGCCGACCAGAUGGCUCAGGUGGCUGUAAAAGGACGCGCACGUCUUACACCAGCAAUCAGUUGCUGGAGCUGGAGAAAGAGUUCCACUUUAAUCAUUAUCUAGGCAAACCGCGACGCGUCGAGAUGGCCAAGCUACUGAAGCUUAGCGAAAGACAGAUCAAGAUAUGGUUUCAAAACCGCAGGAUGAGGCAUAAAAAAGACACAAAGUUGAAAGUAACCGGCCCGCCCCCUGUUCCGAAUGCACGUCUUCAGACGACUCUGCAAAUGGACAUUAGUGCUUCACUAAAAUCACCUACAGAGAAUUACACGAAUCCCCAGUCCGUUAACAAUGCCCGAAAUGAUGCAUGCUGUAUGAGCCAGGUUUUCAAAAAUCCAGAGGGUCAUUGGCCUUACGCGCAAAAACACAGACCUUCAAAUUACCAAUACUCUAGAAGGCUAAAUGAUGGAACUGGUUUUACCUCCAGUUGCCGAGGUUUCUUUGAUAAUGUUGAGGCUAACUGUGAGGAUUUUAGAGCGUUUUCCGAGCCCCAAAUGCACAGGCUUAAUCAUCUUGUGUUUCCUAAUAUGGCUGGCCAGCAGAGAGCAUGUCAAAAUCACAAAACAUUGCCUCUAACUUACUCCAGUGAACAGUGAAAGAAAUCAAAAUCCGAACCUCUUUCCCGCAGAAAAACGCACUUUAUUUGCAAAAACUGACCGGUUGACCAUUCUUUAAUAUUACCUUGAACAUUCACAUAAAACAAAGUUGUAGGUAUAGCAGUUGUAUUAGUGUAAUAACUUUUCGUGUUAUGCAGGAUGCCAUUAAAAAAAACAAAACAAAUAUGUAAAUAUAGUAUUAAUAUGCGUGAUUUUAAAUAUUUGUACGACCUACAUGCAAUAAAAACGAAUGGGUUAAUAUCCAGUUUGUCCACCCUUCGUGUUUUCCUUAAUCAAUUGGGAAGUAUAAAAUAUAUAAAAAAAAUAUAAACUUCUCAUCGAGCACAGGUUGCAUUUGGAUGUUUAAAUACAUUCAUUCUUGGUUCUUGGUAUCUCUUUUGUGUCAUUUGAAAUUAUCACCAGUUUUUCGGCUUUCUUAAAAAUAAGAAAAUAAGAAAAUUGUGCAAGUUGGAACUUAGUGUUCUUUGGAAAAUCUUAUUUCGUCCAUUAACAAGAAAACUAAUGGCAUAUUGAGUAGCUUUCUAUCCCUAAGUGGUCUGUUGCUCUCUCUGCAAUCAACCUCUCCAUGGAAAACAUCGUAAAACCGUAAAACUAUUGUUAGUGCUGUGAUAAAAUUUUCAUCAGACAUACCGUGCGAGUGUGUGCGUUUAUCUGACUGAUGAGAAGGUGCCAUUCAUCUGUUUGUCAUGUAAAUACGAGUUCACUUGAUGGACACUCGCUACGCCCAAACUACCGCUGUAGGUCGCAGGCUAUUGGUGGAUUUUUGGUCACAUGAUCUGUCACUCGGUUGAUAUGUAGCCCGACAGAACUUUUGAGGUUUGACAUACUGCCUAGAGGUGGUAGGGCACUGGGGUAACACGCCGACGUUUAUUGACCCCCUUUAAAUAAUUACUAG